AUGAAACCUCUUAUUAAUGAAAUUGGGAGUUCAUCAUGGGUUUUUCAAGAAGUAAAAUAUCUUUCUGAUUUAUCGAAUGAAAAGUUGAAUGAUUUUGCUUUAAAAAUUGUAGAAAAUUUGGAAUGGAUUAAUCAAUAUAUGGAAGAUGUUGUUAAGAAUUGUGAAAGCACUUUUUGUGAUUAUUCUAAGUCAGGUUUUGUUUGUUCAGAGGCUCCUUUGGUUAGUGAAAAGGGAUCUUACUUUGUUUGUCAAGAAAAUUUUGGAAAAGAAUCUUUAUUGCUUAAAAGUUUAAGUUUUAAAUUGAUUCCUUCACCAUUAAAAGAUUUAAAAGAAAAUGAAUUCAUGGAUAUUUCAGAGAAUAUGGAUAUUAAUUAUGAUGAUAUUUUAAGUGAAAGUGAAGAUAGUAGUCUUUCUAUUAUGGAAUCUAAUGAACAAAAUAUAAAUUUAAAAUAUGAUUCUUCAUCGACAAGAGUUAUGGAAAUGAUUACUGAAGAGGAUGAAGUGGAUGAGGAGGUUCUUGAUAGUGUUGAGAUUAAAGUGUUAUCAAGGAAUGAUGACUUAGAAACAAAGUUUCCAUGUGUUUUGAAAAAAGAUAAUAUUGUAUCUCCUGAAGAAAAAUCUUUUAAAUCUGAUAUUGAAAAAUCAGUUAAAUUUAAGAAGGAUUAUGACAUUGUUUUAGAAAAUAAAGAUGCUAUAUCUCCUCUUCAUGAUUCGGAUUCACUUCAUCAUUUGGAUUCCAAAAUAAUGUCUGGUCUUGAUACUGGUUGUACAUCUACAUCUAUAAUACAUUCUUAUUUUUCUCCGCCUAUUGAUAAUACUGUUAAUAAAGUGUCGUUUUCGCCUCCUACAUUAUCGUCAUCAUUAAAUUUUGUUUCACUUCCUCCAAGGGAACCUCUUAAUACAAAAAAGUCUUUAGGAAAAAGAGUUUCACGGCAUGGAUCUUUUUCUGAAACUGUAAAAAGUCAGAAAAUUGUUGAUUCUAAAUUAUAUGAAAUGCUAAAGCAGGAGAAUCAAGAAGAUAGUUCUGUUUUAGAGAAUAGGCUAUCAGAAGAUUUACAAAAACAGCAUAUUUCAGAAGGAAUAUCUGGAAAAAAAAUGGUUUUUGAUGAAAUCGAUAAGCAUGACAUCAGUGAGCAAAGACUUAAAACUGUAUUCACAAGCGGUAGUCAAAGAAUACAUGAAGCAUUAAGUUCUCUUCUCAUUACAAAGCCUACUUCUGGACACUUUAAACUAGCUUCUGUAGAACAAAAGCAACAACCUGAUAUAGAAACAAAAAUAUUUGAACCAGAAAAUAAUUUAAUUGCAUUUAAUAAAGUUUCUAAUACUAUUAAUAAUGUCUCUUCUGGUGAGUGUUUGCAUGAAACAGCUUCACAAAUAGAAAAUGAGGAAUAUUGGGUUUCCAAAGUCGAUAUUUUAAAUAGGCCGGUUGUAAAUACACUUAUGAAACAAGAAAAAGAGUUGCCUUUUCAUGACAUUAAUGAGAUUAAAAAUGAACCUGACUCUGAUGAAGGUUUGACAGCUCCUAACAAAUUGAAAGAUACAUCUCAACGUCGAACAUCUAUUAUAACUAUUCCAGCAAUUUCUGUUAUUGGUGCAAUACAAGCUGCAAGGAAUUCUGCAACUCAGGCUAUUCGAAAAGCAACAUCUGUUUUCUUUAGUCCAUCGUCAAAAGCUUUUCCAAGAAAUUCUAUAGAAAAUGCUGUAGAACGACCAUUAAAGGUUCUUAAUAGUUCAUAUGAUGAAAAUACAUGUUUGGAUUCUAAAAGAAUUUCUGAUCUUAAAGUGAAUUUAGAGGAAAACAAUGAACUUUCGAAAAAUACUACCUAUAAAGUUGAAGUAGAACAACCCAGUAAUAUAAUUGAAACAAAACAUAAUUCUAUAAAAGCAUGUGACUAUGGCCAAGAAACGAAUAUUAAUAAGACUCGAUUUUUGGCUAAAAAAUCUUCUGCUUUGACUAGUUCUAUUUCUCAUGAAGAAGUAAGUUUAAUGGCAAAUAAAUUUGUUUCUCAAGAACUAUCAUGUCAAAAUUUAAAGAUCCAGCCUUCUCAACCAGUAAAAUUAACUAGUUUUAAUUCUGUUUCUAUAGCAAAAAAUAAACCUGUUUCCAUAAGAGUAACUACUGCAUCACAAAGACAGGCUGAUCUUGCUGAAAAAAGGAAGGUACAGAAAACAGAUUUUGCAACUUCGUUGCAACAAAGUUUCGCUAGUCAAACUUCUCAGAAUCAAGAUAAUUGUUCUGUAACCGAUUCUAUGCAAUUCAAUGAUUCUUGUUCUCGUGAAUUAUCUGUUUUGUCUCAAUCACGAUCUGCAAAACGGUUAAUACCAUCUAAAGGAAUUAAAGCGCUUACGGCGGCUAAUCUUGCUAGAAAAAGGGAACAAGAAGAAAAGGAUAGAAAAUUAGCACAUAAAAAAGAAAUAGAACGGAAGAGACAAGAAAAUCUUAAGAAACAAGAGGAAAACAAAAAACAAGAACAAUGGCAUAGGGAAGAUUUACAGCGAAAAGUCCAUUCUGAAAAAAUUAAUGAUACAAAAAAGAAGCUUUUACCGCAAAGACUUGAACAUUCGUCAUCUGUAGCGAAAAAGAUUUGUACAAUAUCUUCUGAUAAUAAUGAGCGAGGACCUCUUGAAGAUAUUAUUAAUAGCGAUGGGAAGAAUAGGAAUACAUUAAAUAUGGAAGCUAAAACAUUUAAAAGGGUACUUCAAGAUGAUUUAGUGCAAGAAAAUUGGAAUUCUUUUUCUGUUUCAAAUAAAUCUUUGUUUCAAGAAGUAAAAAAGAGAAAAACGGACGAUAUUUCCAAUGAAAGCAUAUCCAACAUGCCUAUUCAUAUAUCUUCCGUAAAGAAGGAUGAUAAGGAUCCAUUUGUUCUUAGAACUCAGACUAGAGAAAAGGGUUCGUGUUUAAAUAUUCAAGCAAUGCCCCAGAAACAUACUAGACUCCUACAAAGUCGAUAUCAAGGAAAUCAACAAAUAUCAUCUUCGAAAAGUGGGAAAAUAACUGGUCCUAUAGUAGACACUGUAAAGUUUUCAACAGAUAAUAUUAGAUUUGGUGGAGAAUCUUCUAAAACAGUUCCUGUUUCUCAUCAAUAUCCACAAUCUGAAUCUAUUGAACUCCCUGAAAUUGAUAGUGACUAUUCUGAUGAUGACGAAUUAAAGAAAAGAUUUAAAACAACAUUGCCUCAGUGGGCAGAAUCUCCUGAAUUGACACAAAUAUUAAGAAUGCAAGCAAAGAUAGAUCCGGAUAAAAUUUUUGGUCCUAUGAAACCUUUACAAAUGGAAGAAAUAUUUAGAGGGAAAGAUAGAGCUCAUAUGCGGUUUAGAUCACGAAGUUCUUCUGCUAAUUGGUCAGGUCAGGACCGACUAACAGAGCAGGAAAUAGAAAAUUAUGCAAAGAUAAUGGGUUAUAAAACUUAG